AUGCACAGAAACCUUCUAUCUAUUCUGUCGCACGUGUGCCACGGCUAUGUUGGAAACCGUGCUUGUGUGUUUCCACUCCAAUGUUGCGGUUGGGACGUCGAUACGGUGCAUACCACCAAUUACCUGAAUCAUCCAGGCCAUGGAACGUUUCAAGGAGAAAAGAACGACGGCAGAACCAUCUCCACAAUCAUCGAGGGUCUCAAGAAACUCUUUGAUCUUCGAGAAUACUACAACGUGGUCCUUGUUGGCUAUUGUCCAAGUGCUGAGGUCAUGACGGCCGUCUAUGAAGAAUUAGAGCCGAUUUACAAAACCAAAGAUCGCAAGGAAGGCCCGGUUUUUGUAGUGGAUCCGGUGCUCGGAGAUAAUGGUAGAUUGUAUGUCCCAGAGGAGGUUGUACAGGUACAUAUCGACUUUCUUAAGCGAGGCCUCGUGGAUCUAACCACCCCCAAUCAAUUCGAGAUGGAGCUCUUGACAGACACGAAGUUUCUGUCGUGGAACGACGUCAAAUCGGCAUGCUACAAGUUCUAUGACACUUACAAGGUGCCCGAUUUCGUCAUUCUGUCGGUGCUAAUAGACGAGCAGAUGUAUAGUGUGGGCUUCUCUGCAUCCACGGAAACGGUGUUUUAUGUUCCAAUCCAGGAGAUCCGCUGCCGGUUCAGUGGAUGUGGUGACAUCUUCACCGCGCUUCUUACAAAUGAGUUCUACUCGAACGGGAGGGUCUUGUCUCCUCAGGUAUUGACGCUGGUAGUGGACAAGCUUCAUCGAAUCUUGUUGACUAGUUUCCGAGAGGAGCGCGCAAGAUUGGGACGGGAUCCCGAUGUUAUCCAUGACAUCAAUUUGGUCAGGCUGCGGGAUUUGUUCGAGAGGAGCUUCGGUGGAGAUUUGGAGGUGAAGUAUUUGUGA